AUGGGUUCUCUAUAUUCUAAUCUUUUUUCGAAUUGGUGUUUUACAAAUAAUAAUCCUUGGCUUGAUAAAGGGAGGAUAGUUGUUGCAUGGCUGCCAAUUUUGUUUACUGUUAAUAUUAGCUUAUGUACAGCUCAAGUAAUUCACUGUGUUGUGCACCCAAGACAGAAACAAGACAGAUUUGAGGUUACUUUCGUGUAUGGAUUUAAUGAAGAUAAGAAGAGAGGCCAGCUUUGGAUGGACUUGGAAGAGAUUUCACUGCAAAUUCAGGGGCCUUGGAUAGUUAUGGGGGACUUUAAUGAUAUUCUGUUUAGCAAUGAAAGAGUGGGAAGAGGAUCUACUAAAAGUCCUACUCAAGAUUUUCGAGAUUGUGUGGCAAAGUGUAGCUUGGAUGAUCUGAAAUACUCUGGGAUUUUUUACACCUGGAAUAAUAAGCAGAAACCAGAGGAUCGAGUUUUCUCUAAGUUAGAUAGAGCCUUAGUUAAUCCUCAAUGGACAGAUUGUUUUCAGUUUUCGGAAGCUAACUUUUUACCUGAGGGAAGCUUUGAUCACAGUCCCAUUUUAGUCUCGAUAUAUCAGGAUGUGAUUAGUGGCAAGAAGCCAUUUCGCUACUUUCGAAUGUGGAAGGAUGCAGAUGAAUUUGGUGAGCGAAUUGCUAAAUGUUGGCAGAAAGGAGUGGAGGGCACGGAGAUGUACCAGUUGACAGUUAAACUUAAACGCCUAAAACAAAUUCUUAAGAGCAUUAAUAAGGAAGGUUUCCAUGAAAUUCACAAAGCAGAAAUGAUAGCAAAGGAGGAAUUACUAGUUUUGCAGGAAGAAGUGAAUAAAGAUCCACACAACUCUCAUUUACAGCAUGAGGAACAAGUGGCUCGGGGCAAAUAUGCUAAAGUUUUUAAGGCUUAUUCUCUCUUUUUAGCUCAGAAAGCCAAAGUUUCUUGGGCUAAAAAUGGAGAUGAAAACUCAGCAAUAUUCCAUGCGUCACUAAAGGCAAGGAGAAUUCAGAACAGGAUUUUUUCAAUAGAGGAUGCGCAGGGGGUUUGGUGUGAUACUCCUCUUGCUGUUCAGGAAGCCUUUUUACAAUAA